GAUUUGGAGUUCCAUGGAGUGAUGAGAUUUUAUUUUCAAGAUAAAGCUGCUGGAAACUUUGCAACAAAAUGUAUUCGGGUCUCUAGUACUGCCACUACCCAAGAUGUGAUUGAAACUCUCGCAGAGAAAUUCCGGCCUGACAUGCGGAUGCUGUCCUCUCCCAAGUAUUCCCUCUAUGAAGUGCACGUCAGCGGAGAAGAAAGAAGAUUGGAUAUAGAUGAGAAACCUCUAGUUGUGCAAUUGAAUUGGAACAAAGAUGAUCGGGAGGGCAGGUUUGUUCUUAAGAAUGAGAACGAUGCCCUCCCUCCUAAGAAGGCUCAAAGUAAUGGACCCGAAAAACAAGAAAAAGAAGGUGUUAUCCAGAAUUUCAAGAGAACACUUUCAAAGAAAGAAAAGAAGGAAAAAAAGAAGAGAGAAAAAGAGGCAUUGCGGCAGGCAUCUGAUAAAGAUGAUAGACUUUUCCAAGGGGAUGACAUUGAGAAUUCCCGACUGGCUGCUGAGGUCUACAAAGACAUGCCUGAAACCAGCUUUACUCGAACAAUUUCUAAUCCUGAAGUGGUUAUGAAACGACGGAGGCAACAGAAAUUGGAAAAGAGAAUGCAGGAAUUUCGGAGCUCAGAUGGGCGGCCUGAUUCAGGUGGAACGCUGAGAAUUUAUGCAGAUAGUUUAAAACCAAAUAUUCCCUACAAGACAAUCCUGCUAUCUACUACAGAUCCCGCAGACUUCGCUGUGGCUGAGGCUUUAGAGAAAUACGGUCUGGAAAAAGAAAACCCUAAGGAUUACUGCAUUGCUAGGGUGAUGCUUCCUCCUGGAGCCCAGCAUUCUGAUGAAAAAGGUGCUAAAGAAAUUAUUCUUGAUGAUGAUGAGUGUCCUUUACAAAUCUUCAGGGAAUGGCCCAGUGACAAAGGGAUUUUAGUCUUUCAGUUGAAGAGGCGGCCACCAGACUACAUCCCAAAGAAAACAAAGAAGCAUCUGGAAGGGAAGCCAUUGAAGGGGAAGGAGAGAGUUGAUGCUGCUGGCUAUGGCUCUGCCCUUCCACCCGAAAAACUGCCGUAUUUAGUGGAGUUAAGCCCAGGGAGAGGGAAUCACUUUGCCUACUACAACUAUCACACUUACGAAGAUGGUUCCGACUCCAGAGAUAAGCCAAAGCUUUACCGCCUUCAGUUAAGUGUGACUGAAGUUGGGACAGAAAAGUUGGAUGACACCUCUAUCCAGUUGUUUGGCCCAGGAAUUCAGCCCCAUCACUGUGACCUCACCAACAUGGAUGGAGUGGUCACUGUGACUCCUAGAAGUGUGGACGCGGAGACCUACGUGGAGGGCCAGCGCAUCUCGGAGACCACCAUGCUGCAGAGUGGCAUGAAAGUGCAGUUUGGGGCAUCACAUGUCUUUAAGUUCGUGGACCCCAGCCAGGAUCAUGCUCUUGCAAAAAGAUCUGUGGAUGGAGGCCUGAUGGUUAAGGGCCAGAGACAUAAACCUGGAAUUGUUCAGGAGACGACUUUUGAUUUGGGAGGAGAUAUUCAUAGUGGGACAGCAUUGCCAACAAGCAAGAGCACCACCAGACUGGACAGCGACAGAGUGUCCUCUGCCUCCAGCACAGCCGAGCGGGGCAUGGUGAAGCCAAUGAUCAGGGUAGAGCAGCAGCCAGACUGUCGCAGGCAAGAAAGCAGGACGCAGGAUGCUUCUGGGCCUGAACUGAUCCUGCCUGCAAGCAUUGAAUUCAGGGAAAGUUCUGAAGAUUCAUUUUUAUCUGCCAUUAUAAAUUACACUAAUAGCUCUACAGUCCAUUUUAAGUUGUCCCCUACAUAUGUAUUAUAUAUGGCAUGCCGGUAUGUAUUGUCCAGCCAGUACAGACCUGAUAUCAGUCCUACAGAGCGCACUCACAAGGUCAUUGCCGUGGUCAACAAGAUGGUGAGCAUGAUGGAAGGAGUCAUCCAGGAAGUAGACCAGGUUGACCAGAAACAGAAGAAUAUCGCAGGAGCACUUGCCUUCUGGAUGGCAAAUGCAUCUGAGCUCCUCAACUUCAUUAAGCAGGACCGAGACCUUAGUCGAAUCACAUUGGAUGCCCAAGAUGUUUUAGCACACUUGGUUCAAAUGGCAUUUAAAUACUUGGUUCACUGUCUUCAAUCAGAACUUAAUAAUUACAUGCCAGCCUUUCUAGAUGACCCUGAAGAGAACAGUCUGCAAAGACCAAAAAUAGAUGACGUGCUGCACACGCUCACGGGGGCCAUGUCCUUGCUGCGACGCUGCAGAGUCAACGCUGCCCUGACCAUCCAGCUCUUCUCGCAGCUGUUCCACUUCGUCAACAUGUGGCUGUUCAACAGGCUGGUGACUGACCCCGAUUCGGGGCUGUGUUCCCAUUACUGGGGAGCGAUCAUCCGCCAGCAGCUGGGACACAUUGAAGCCUGGGCAGAGAAGCAGGGCCUGGAGCUGGCCGCCGAUUGCCACCUGAGCAGGAUCGUGCAGGCAACCACUUUGCUUACCAUGGAUAAGUACGCACCCGAGGACAUUCCAAAUAUAAACAGCACCUGCUUUAAGUUAAAUUCACUACAACUUCAAGCCUUAUUACAAAAUUAUCACUGUGCACCCGAUGAGCCUUUUAUCCCAACGGAUCUUAUAGAAAACGCAGUGGCCGUGGCUGAGAACACCGCAGACGAGCUGGCCCGCAGUGACGGGAGGGAAGUGCAGCUGGAGGAGGACCCUGACCUGCAGCUGCCUUUCCUGUUGCCAGAAGACGGCUAUUCUUGUGAUGUUGUCAGAAACAUUCCAAAUGGUUUACAAGAGUUUCUAGACCCUCUGUGCCAGAGAGGAUUUUGCAGGUUAAUUCCUCACACGCGUUCACCAGGUACUUGGACAAUAUAUUUUGAAGGUGCAGAUUAUGAAAGUCACUUUCUGCGUGAGAACACAGAACUGGCUCAACCUCUGAGGAAAGAACCUGAAAUAAUCACGGUGACCCUAAAAAAACAGAAUGGAAUGGGCCUCAGCAUUGUUGCAGCAAAGGGUGCUGGCCAGGAUAAACUGGGAAUCUAUGUCAAGUCUGUUGUGAAAGGAGGUGCUGCAGAUGGGGAUGGACGACUAGCUGCAGGUGAUCAGCUCCUCAGUGUGGACGGACGAAGUCUGGUUGGACUCUCUCAGGAAAGGGCAGCAGAACUCAUGACAAGAACCAGCUCUGUGGUGACACUCGAAGUCGCAAAGCAAGGUGCCAUCUACCACGGCCUGGCUACCCUUCUCAACCAGCCAUCCCCCAUGAUGCAGAGAAUUUCAGAUCGUCGUGGCUCAGGUAAACCCCGACCAAAGAGUGAAGGUUUUGAGCUCUAUAAUAAUUCAGCUCAAAAUGGUUCUCCUGAGAGUCCUCAGCUGCCCUGGGCAGAGUACAGUGAACCAAAGAAACUGCCUGGUGAUGACAGACUGAUGAAGAACAGAGCUGAUCACCGCUCUAGCCCCAACGUGGCAAAUCAGCCUCCCAGCCCUGGAGGAAAAAGUUCAUAUGCUUCGGGAACAACAGCAAAGAUAACGUCUGUCUCCACUGGAAACCUCUGCACCGAGGAGCAGACUCCUCCACCUAGACCUGAAGCCUACCCCAUCCCCACUCAGACGUACACCAGAGAGUAUUUUACCUUCCCAGCUUCCAAGUCCCAGGACCGGAUGGCUCCUCCUCAGAACCAGUGGCCAAAUUAUGAGGAAAAGCCGCAUAUGCACACAGACAGUAAUCAUUCCAGUAUUGCCAUUCAGCGCGUUACCCGUUCCCAGGAAGAACUUCGAGAAGACACAGCUUACCAACUCGAGCGGCACCAGGCGGAGGCGGCGAUGGCCCGCAAGUCCGACAGCGACAUGUGGGUAAACCAGAGCUCCUCGCUGGACUCCAGCACCUCCAGCCAGGAGCAUCUGAACCACUCGUCCAAGUCGGUCACGCCUGCGUCCACGCUGACCAGAAGCGGCCCUGGCAGGUGGAAAACCCCGGCUGCCGUUCCGCCCGCUGCGGUGGCCGCCUCCCAGCCCCUGCGGACAGACCUGCCCCCGCCGCCCCCGCCGCCCCCGGCGCACUACGCGGGUGACCUGGACGGAGCCCCCCUGGAUUUGCCGCCGCCGCCCCCGCCUACCAGCCAGGGUGUGCCGGCAGAGCGCAGGAGGCGGGAGGAGCACCGGCGCUGGUACGAGAAGGAGAAGGCCCGCCUGGAGGAGGAGCGCGAGAGGAAGCGGCGCGAGCAGGAGCGCAAGCUGGGCCAGAUGCGCUCGCAGGCGCCGCCCGCCCCGCCCGCCCUGGCCGCGCCGCCCCCCAGGCCCGAGAAGCCCGCCGCGGUCCCCAGGCCGCAGGACACGGUCAUCCGAGAGCUGCAGCCCCAGCAGCAGCCCCGCACCAUCGAGCGCAGGGACUUGCAGUACAUCACGGUCAGCAGGGAAGAGCUGUCCUCGGGGGACAGCCUGUCUCCCGACCCCUGGAAGCGCGACGCCAGGGAGAAGCUGGAGAAGCAGCAGCAGAUGCACAUCGUGGACAUGCUGAGCAAGGAGAUCCAGGAGCUGCAGAGCAAGCCGGACCGCAGCGCCGAGGAGAGCGGCCGCCUGCGGAAGCUCAUGCUGGAGUGGCAGUUCCAGAAGAGGCUCCAGGAGUCGAAGCAGAAGGACGAGGACGACGAGGAAGAGGAGGAUGACGACGUGGACACCAUGCUGAUCAUGCAGCGCCUGGAGGCUGAGCGAAGAGCCAGGCAGACUGCUAUGCCAGCAAUCUCUGUUCUAGAUUUGUUGCAGGACGAGGAGCGGCGGCGCCAGCAGCAGCUGGAAGACAUGCGCAGGCGGGAAGCAGAGGACCGCGCCCGGCAGGAGGGAGAGCGGCGGCAGCAGGAGGAGGAGCGAAUAAAGCGGGACGCUGAAGAAAAGAGGCGACAGGAAGAAGGGUAUUACAGCCGCCUGGAGGCCGAGAGGCGCAGACAGCAGGAUGAAGCGGCGCGCAGGUUGCUGGAGCCCGAGGAGCCCGCUCUGUGCCGCCCUCCACUUCCUCGGGACUACGAGCCCGCGCCCCCGUCCCCCGUGCCCAGCGCCCCUCCUCCCCCGCCUCAGCGAAACGCCUCCUACCUCAAAACCCAGGUCCUCUCCCCCGACUCGCUGUUCACUGCCAAGUUUGUUGCGUACAAUGAGGAGGAGGAGGAGGAGGAGGAGGACUGCAGCCUGGCAGGUCAGGAUAAGUACUCCAGCACCAGGAAGUCUCAUGGGGACCUUCUUCCUGCCCCCCUUAAGCCACAGCCGCCCCCCUGCCUGCCGCGCCCGGCCUCCGAUGGCAUCUCUCUCUCCAACUCAUUCCAGCCACCCUCGGCCAAAGCCAACAGUACUGCUCACAAAAAAGGCCAGCCCCCACCCCCUCCAAACAAACCAGGCUCCUACCAUCCCAGCCACCGCACAGGCAGAGGACCCAACUCGUACCUGGGAUCUGCCGGCACAGUUGUUGGCGCCCAUGAUGCUCACUGGGACCCGAGAGAGAAGCGCUCUAAAAGCCAAGAGGCAGAUUUACCUGGGAGUCCUGGAGCCCCUGAAAGCUUGACGUUCAAGGAGCGCCAGCGUCUUUUCUCACAAGGUCAAGAUGUGUCGAAUAGAGUAAAAGCUUCCCGCAAAUUGACAGAGCUGGAAAACGAGCUGAACACAAAGUGAAAAACAGGAGAAGGGCACCUUGUAUUUACCCCGAAAUUCUCUCCGUUGUGGGUUUCAGGUGUGAGUUUGAAGAGGAAGGGAGGUUAUAUUUCUGAGUGAUUAGUCAUUUCUGUUCUUAAAAUGGUUGGGAUUUAGAGAUGUUUCAAUUCCAAGAAAUUCUGUUUUACUUUACCAAGAGAUUGUCAUUUAUGUAAUUUAAACACUGUUUAAUUUCUUAGUUAUCUGGCUCACAUGAAGAUAACUUUUUUGUUAGUUUCAUUUUUGGAGUCUUGAGUUCAAAGGGGAUAGAAUGAAUGGAGGAGAUAAUGGGAUAUGUCUUCUCUCUCAUCUUCCCCCCAUAAUCGACCCAGGAGCACAAAGAAGUUCUGUUUCUCUUCUUUUUCAAAAACUGAUUUAGUUAUCAAACAGAAUAGCUUGAACUACUCUGACUGUUGUUUGCACUAUUUAGCAGCGGCUACACACUGUUGUAUAGAAGAAAGAACACAUGAGGGCGUGGUCCCCAUGUCACCUGAGCCUGUCUGCUCACAGGUGUCCUUUCAGUCUGCCUUGUGCAGCAGUCCAGAUCGCAGCUUCCUGUGAGAUGCUGCACACCUCAGACCAUCGUGUCUCAUUCCAUACAAGUCUGAGCCCUCCUGAUCAAUUCUAAAUAUUUGAUUUAAAAAAAAAAAAUUCUGAAAGAAGAAAAUUUUAAGGAUUUAAGCUUAGGUGAUUUUAUUUUUAUAAAUAUCAGACUAUUGUUAUACUUAAUGAAUCAUUGGUGAAUUUAAAGAUGACAGCUAUGUUAGAAAGUUAACUAAUAGUUUAGAUGUCCCAAGGGCUCUCUGAAAGAGGAUGUCUCAGGCUGAACAGUGUUCGUGUGACUAGGAACAAAAGUGUCUGAGGACAGGAGAUUGGCAGGAGACACUCAAGCACAACUAUCGCUCAGAUUCCAAAUUUGAAGGAAAUUUGCACUGAUGUGCCAGCGCAUGCAGGGAAGGGAGAGGUUCGAUGACAUACGGCAUCUGUAAUUUAAGUGUUGUAAGAAUAACUCAUAUGGUGGUUCGGGCUAUUUUUUUUUAUAGUAUAAUAGAGUUAUUUAAUUUUGAUUUGCCUAAUUUUUAGUUACCACUGUCAUUUCUUCAGCCGUGGGCCUGUGGUUGGUGUUGGGGAGAUGGGCCUCUGUCUUAUACCGUGUGGUGUGAAGAUGAUGAAUUACCUUGUGAUUAUAAGAAGAUUUUCUAUUUGACACAGCCCUAAGGGUGGGGUCCAGGAUGUCUUUGUUCUCUUACAAAUAUGUAUGUUAGGAAAAUACGCACACUUUCAAAGAGAAGAAUAGAGGCUUUUGCUGCCUUAUAAAUCACUUUUAAUAAGAGUUGUAUGAUUAAUCAUUAAAAAUGCGAGUGUAAAUAUUUUUUUAUGUCUAUCAGGGUUCUUGUUUGAAAGUGUGCUUUUACCACUACCCUUGUUUCAGUAAGAGAGCGAAGUGGCCCUGCGUGUGUAUGAAGGAUUUGCUUGUUUGCUCCACAAGUUCCAGGAAAAGCAGGCUCCUCCCAGGUAUUUCGAGAGCACUGGAGGCCUUAAGGUGACGAAAUCCACGCUUCCCCUAAAGAAAAGAGAUGCAAAUGAAUUACUUCUCUGUUAAUAUAUAGAAAAACAAAUACACAUAAGUACAUACAAAUACAUGUAAAUAUCUGCAUACAGGGAUAUUUGUAUGUGUGGUUGUAAAACCCCUGAACAAGUGGAUUUGGCCAUCUUUGGACAAUUAGGUCAAAUGUGAAUAUGUGUAAAAGUGCUUUUCAUAACUCUGCAUUACUAUGGAAAAAACAUCAAAACUGCUGUAGUUUUCCAUUUCUACUGUAUUUGAGUUGCAACCUAUUUUUAAUAAACUUUGUAUGUAUUUAAGUGUAUUUGCUAUUAUUUUGAAAGUGCUGACAAAGUUUAUAUUUGUAACAUCAGCCUUCUUCUCCCCUGUCUUUUUUCCGUCUGUUCACUCAUUCAUUAAACAUGUCCUGAGUAUCA